CGAUAUGUGGGGCAAGAUCAGUGAUCUGCGCUGCAUCUACAAUGACUAACCAACACAUUAUUAGUGGUGACAGCAACAUUUGAAAAUAAUUCGACGCUUGGAAGAAAUUAAAUUUGGUCGUUUCAUAUUACAUUCGGAGCUCCUAGCUUCUAUACUGCAAAAUGUGCAUUCAGUACCCAUGAGUGCACUCCGAGUGCAUUAUUACAUGUCCCCAGGUCUACCUUGAUGAGAGGCAAUAGCUCAGCCUGCGAACUCUGACUGUAACCAAUGCAGUAGGUGUACAGCUAGCCACAGAGUGCAGGGCGACGCGGAAGAGGUGAAAAUGAAUGGAAUUUCGCCUACGCGGUGUUUCCUGUUCGCCGGUGCGUUUCUGUUGGCCGUUGCGCAAUUCAUAUCGCUAGCAGAAGCGUCUGGAUAUGUACCUGGGCAGAACAGGGCACAUGCGCCGUUGGCUUACUCAUCGCCGCUGAAUGUCGGGGAAGGUGACACAAACAAAUCAUCAAAUUCCUGCAGUUCUGUGCGUCACCUUCCCAAGGACAAGCAAUGCGACUUUAUCAAGGGCACGUCGUCAUGCGAGAUAGACGGUGGCUACAUUAACUAUCUCCACUUGCCCUACUGCCUGCUGGCUGGCUAUGAGCCGGUCGGGCUGAUCAUCAUUGCACUCUGGAUGUUCUACAUCUUCUUCUCGCUCUCGGUGGUGGUUGACUUGAUCCUCUGCCCUAGUCUAAAGGUAAUUACCACGGCCCUCCACAUGGACGAAAACGUGGCAGGAGUGACCUUUCUGGCGUUCGCUAACGGCGCAGCAGACAUUUUCAGCUUGCUCCUGCUUGUGCUGCGCGGCGAUGAUGACGACGAGGAUGACAUAACCGGAGUAGCUGGAAUGGGAUCAAUCCUCGGAGGCGGCAUGUUUGAUAUCUGCAUUCCGGCCGGACUGAUCGCACUCAACUACCCGUUUGAUAGCAUCGAGAAGUGGCCGUUCAUUCGGAAUGUCGUAUUCUACUUGGCGGCCGUCGGCUGGCUGACCGGCAUGCUGGCAGAUGAAGUGAUCCAUCUCAGCGAGGCCAUCGGCUUCAUUGGCCUGUACUUCGGCUACGUUUUUGUUGUGUGGAUCGGACACCGCUACACACGGUGGAAGGAAGAUAAGACGGCAGAGCCGGACACCGGCGAGCCCACGGAAAAGACACCGUUGACGACGGGCUCUACGCGGCAGACCUAUCAGAGUAAUGCUGGUAACGGUGGCGCAGCUACAGCGCCACACAGCGAACAGCACAGUGUGGCACUGCCAGGUGUAGCACCGGUAUCCGGCGUGGGCAGAGGGCUGCAGGGUCGCACCCGCGAUGCCUUGAUGGUACCGUCCGCCGAGAGUAUCGAUUUAUCCCUGUCCAUGGCGUCAACAUCUGAGUCAACUGCACAUGCGAGUAAUUCUGGUAUUGAUUCACUGGAAAACUCAACAUUGGAGAGCUUCCCUGAUGUAGAACAACCACCACCAGAACCCGCCUUAGAUGAAACCGACUCUGAACCUUCACACCUAGUUGGACUGCGAAAGCUGAGAGACGCAUUCGUCCCUGAAGAGUUUAGGAACUGGAAGGAAACCAAGUGGCAUAACAGACUGUUUGCUGUGCUGGGCUAUCCGAUUCGACUCGCUCUGCUGUUAACGUGCCCGACUAUCGACAACGAGAAGGAGAGCUGUGACUGGAACAAGUAUCAGGCUAUGAUAACGAUGGCCGUGUUCCCCUCGUUUGUAGCGCUGGCCUUCGAUGGAUUCUUCACUGAGAUAAGCAAUGAGGUGAUCCUGGGUCCUUUCAUGGCAGCCUUGGGUCUCAUCUUCUGUUUGGCGGUCUUCCUCUUCACGUCCGUCAAGGAUGUGCCCUAUGCAAAAGUGCUCUUUGCCGCCAUCUCAUUCCUGGUUGCCAUCACCUGGAUCUAUAUCAUGGCGGAUGAAGUGGUGAACAUUGUCGUGACAUUUGCGGUCUCACUCAACGCCACAGGGGCCAUCCUCGGUUUGAUAAUGAUUGCAACUGGAAACAGUGUAUGCGAUAUGAUUGCCAAUUUCUUUGUCGCUCGCGGAGGUAAACCGCUCAUGGGAUUCGCAGCAUGUAUAGGCAGUCCACUCCUGAACAUGCUCAUCGGGAUUGGCAUUGCCAGCACAGUGGCCAUCGUGAAGGAAGGCAAGCCGUACAAGCUCCAGUUUCCGCUGCUGCUGCAGGUCGCUAGUGGAUUCCUCUGCUUCUCGUUGCUCCUGUCGCUGGCGUUGGUCAUGGCGAGGCACUGGUCAGCUGGAAAGAUGCUCGGUAUAGUGAUGCUGGCUCUCUACUUUGUGUUCUUCACGGUGUGCUUGGCGCUGGAACUAAGCUAGACACGCGUUGGUGAGAGAGAGUGAGAGAGAAAGUGGAUGCCAUUGUAUGCUCUGCUGCCGAGCGAUGGAGUUUUUGCCAUUCACCCGGCUUUGAUACUAACAGUAUUUGUCCCCAGUGCUCUGGCGCUAGUUGAAGAUAUACACAUAUCACAUUUAUACUAGGUAUACAUCAUAUAUGUUAGAUACCCAACUGUUGGACUGUAACAUGGGCGGAGGGCGACCACAUAAUUAUGAGGACUUUGGCAAGGAACUGAUGCACACAGUUGCUGAAUUGUAACUUAUUAAUUGUACAUGAUCUUGGCAAAGAGCGGUGCACAAAGCUGCUGAAUCAUGUUAACGUCACAGGAUUUAAAAAAAUAUAAUUGAGACUACGGUAAACAAGUCUGGGCCAAAAAUGUCUUUUCCACAUACAUGUAUGUGCAUCAAGUACAUGUACAUGUAGGUAUGUAGUAUCGUCAAUGUUUGUUUACCAAGUCCACAACUAAUCCUGACCAUAGAAGUGAUACACGGCCAUCAAUUAUUCUACUGGCGUUGAGCACUUUAGCAGGUUAUGGCGCGCUGCCGCUGGGUGCCAUCAAAAUACCAAGUCUUGUACAAUGUAGUUACCGUGAAAUUUUCAUUUUUUGUCAAUGUUCUAUUUUAAGAUAUUGUACUUAUGUUCACUGGAA